AUGACUAAUGGAGCUCUCCACAGGCAAGUGGUAACUUCGCAAGGCAAAGCAGAAUUGAAUCAACAGGGGACAUCCAGGGGAAUUGACCGUUCAGCCUUGCGUUUUAGCAUAGCUCUUGUCUGCAUUUCUUCUUCUGUUGCAACUUUGGGAAAGCAAAUGCUCAAACAGGCAUUGGCGGUACGGGCGGGCGGCGCUGGUGGCGGUACAGGGGCUUUGGUGGUAAGGCGGCGUGGUGGUGGGUGGUGCAGGCGGCGUUGGUGGUACAGUGGCGUUGGUGGUGGUGCAGGUGGCAUUGGUGGUACAGGCGGCGUUGGCGGUACAGGUGGCAUUGGUGGUACACGGGGCGCUGGUGGUGGUGAUCCAGCUGAAAUUGUUGCCAAAGCCUUGCUAUGUUUCAAUGAUAAACAUAUUUACAGCAACUGCGAAGAGUCCUGCAGAUUGACACAGAGUGGAAACAUCAAUGUGUCUCCUGAACAUGUCGAAGAAUACUGCAAUGGGCCGUGCCUUACAGAGACACACCUGGUGCUUGACUGCAUAGAAGACGUCCUAGCAAACUUCAUAUUCUACAAUAGGGCAACCAUAAAUGAUAUUAAAGACACCAUCAAGGCGGGUUGCGGCUAUGGCCCCGAAAGAGGUGACUUCAAUGUAGCUGAGCAUAUUCAAGCUGAAGAAAACAGUGCAUACAAGACUCCCUACAAGAUUCUGUUUGGUCUCGGAGUGAUGAUCAUAGCUCGUGGCUUAUUGCUUUGAUAGAUGAUAUGUGGAUUGAAAUAGAUAACUAAUGGGAUGAAUGAGUCUUGCUCAUGUUAUGUGUUUUACGACUGCCGCAGAAACUCAAGAAAAUUUUAUGUAUUUAUUGUGAAAGAUUGGUAUAAAUACUAACAGAAUAUGUGAGCUAUAAAUAUACAUAUACGAUGCUGUUAACAUCCUUGGUUCCUAUGUGUGAUCUCUCUUUGCAUUGGUGAGAA